CUGCACACACUGAUAAUAUAAUCAAAAAAUAAAUGAUAAGCAUGAUUGUAAGUUAAAAAAUUGAUAACAGCAAAGAUUUGAUUGAAACGGUUUGUUCGUUGACCGCUCUCAGUUUCAAGCAUUUACAUUCGACACUAAAGACAUUACAAUUUAUAAAUGUACGCUUAUACGUCAUUUGCAUGAUUUAUAACUAUCGUUAAACAUAUCAUAAAGAAUAUUGAAAAUCUCAGAAAAUAGAACAAUUUUUUUGUAGUUUGAAGUUCUUUUUUGCUUUAUUAACAUGUACGGAAACGGUAUGAAACAAUUGGAAGAGCGGCAUGUACCUACUAAAGUCUUGAAAAUGGAAUGGUCAAACAAAAUGGAUCUAUUGGCCAUAGCCAAGGAACAUGGUGAGGUGUCUUUACAUCGUCUCACUUGGCAACGAGUCUGGUCCUUGGCUGCCCCAAAAGAUAAAACUUUAGUGACUGCAUUGGCUUGGAGACCCGAUGGAAAACAGCUAGCAAUAGCAUAUGAUUCAUGUGAUUUAUUAUUAGUGGAUGUGGAAAAUAAAGACAUUGCUUUUAGCAAAACUACAGAGAGUAAAGUCACUUCUUUAGUGUGGGUACAGCAUGAAAAACCUCAGAAAAAAGACACCAUUGAUUCUGUACUGAUUAAGAUGAAUGGUCUUGAUUAUCUACCAAAACUUCAAAGCUUGGUCCUUCGUGAUACACCUGAAGAGGAGAACAAGAUACCUAAAGUCCAAGACACAUUGAAUUUAUUGUUGGUCGGCAUGGCCAAUUGUGAAGUACAAAUAUUAGCACUAGGCAUAUUUUUGUGCGGAUCCAUUAAAUUGGCUGAGAUAUUUAAAAAAGAAGGCACUGUGUUAAACAUACACAUGCCAGUAGAUUUUAGUUAUCUAUAUGUGGCUAUUCAAUAUUAUUACGGCAGUAUUGAAAUAGUGACAAUUAAAUUACAAGAUUGCGACACAUGCUGGGAUGAUGUUUAUGAUUUGGCGUUCAAACACGAUCAGUUGUUGUCUUCAUUAGAUUAUUUAGAUCAAACAAUGAAAAAUAUACUGGAAACGUGGGAACAUGUGUCGUUGAUGGAAAUGGAACUGAAACUGAGCUCUUAUUGUCCAGAAGAUCCUGAAAUGGUAUCGACUGAUCUAUUGGAACUUCUGAUCUAUGGCAUAUUAACAGAGCGCAUGGACCAGUUCCUGAAAAGAGAUUUGACCGACAAGGGUAUUAAAAAAAUCGGCCUGUCGAUUGAGUCGAGCCACACCAACGUUCAGAAACUGGUGGUGAAUCAGCUGUCCGAAGUAACCAACCAGAUUCUGUUCCAGCUGGUAGAGAUAUCCGGAAUGUCGCUAAAAAAGUACGAGUGCCUCGGACUGACAGAGCACAGCGUGGAGAAAGCUCUACGGUCGGUGAACGGGUUCUUGAUGAAGUGCAACGAAGUACAGAUCGUCAUCGAAGAGUCGCUAACCCGGUACAAGUUGUUCUUCAAAUGGCUGUACGGCAUGAUGAUCAAGCUGAACGACGAGAAUUCGGCUAGCGACCCGUCGUUGUCGGACACGUCGCAACACGAGCUCAACAUGUUGGCCGAGUACAUAAACGGACUGGGAGAGACCGGUUCGAAGGCUAAAGACUAUAAAUUGGACCGGGUAGGUCAGUAUUUCCUGGACGGUGACUUGGAGUGCCCCUACGACGCGCGCAGUCAGUGGUGGUCACUGCUCCAAGACAACCCGUGCUUAGAGGAGAACGAAUUGAUCUUGGCAGCACCCCGGGGCCAUUCGCUGACUCGACAGUUUGCCGUGCUCAAGGCUGACCUCAUGGACAUAUUCGCGCAGCGCAAGACGUUCUUCGACAAGACGUUCGUGUUUCACGAAAACGUGGCGUUGGAAUUGCCGUCGGGGUUGUCGCACGGCCGCACCCGUGUCAGCAUGGUGGACCUGCCCAAUCACAAGCUGCUGGUGUGCUGCGUUCGAGAACUCGGCGCUCACGACUUUGGGUUUUACGAACUGAUGGCGUACAGCGACACGCUAGAGGUGACACAUCGCAGCACCACCGUGUUUUACUCGUGCGACGGCGUCAAGCAGAACGUGCACGACGUGCAGUUCUACUCGCACGACUACGUGUCCGUGUUGACGGAAACGCUUGACGAGGCGACCAACCGGUUCUCGCUGUUCAUACAGCUGUCCACAAACAGCGUGCGUAGUCACUGUUCGACGGACGGGUUGACCACGUGUCGGAUAGGUCAACCGAGUGGCGACAGUGACGGCGAGGGAAGCUGUCACACGCUGAACGAUUACACGUGCCGAGUGGUGGAGAACAUGGCGGCUUCGAGUUUCGCGGUCAGCGGCACCAGGAAAGUGGCCGUAUUGUUGUCGCACAGCCGGCACAAGGUCCGGCUGUUCGAAAUGGAGGUGGACGACGAAGAGGACGAGGAUGAGGACAGUGCCAUGGACAUCACGCGGGACUCCAACUUGACUGACGAGACCGCGUGACCCCUUCCUCCCAACCAAUAAAACACCCACAUCCGCCUACUCUCAUUACCCACAAUACUUGAGACACUUAAGUAUCGAGUUGUUGCUGUUGUUGUCGUUACAAGAAUAAUUAUUUUAUUUACGUUAAUGAUGACGAUGUUAGGCCGCGACCAAAGUAUAACAUUCUUAUACAUUAUGUGCAAUGUAUACCUAUUUGUAUAUUAUGUUGACAAGAUGUGCACUCCGGAAAAUAACGCGUACAAUAUAAUAUUGUAUUUUGCAUACUUCCAAAUCGCGAUAUAUAUUAUAUUAUAGUCCUACGUUCUUCCUCAUAAGGUUGUGAUACACUUAAACUAAGUUACUAAGUAUAUAAUAUUUUUGUAUUAUUUUUUGUUCAUAUAUUUUUUUUAUACAGUUA